AGUGUGAACUCGGCAUUCGUAGAGUGCGGACGAAAUUCGCGUCUAAUUCCAACAUUGUUGAUGUUUUAUUAAGCCAACACGUUUCAGUUGUAAUGGGUACGGUUCUAAAAAGUGUUCUUUACAGUGAAAGCGUGACUUAAGCUAUAAACGACGGUAACGUAGUAUUAGGUACGUGCUUAUUUGGAAUUUUUCGGAUAUUGCAAAAAAGUUUUCUUGUGUUAUUUGUAAAGAGUUUUUGCGAUAAGCUUGGUGAUGUACGACGAAAGUUUAUACCACUGCACUAUCCUGGCAGCGAAUGAAGAUUUUGGAUUUAAGUGUUAUAUAAUUGCACACUCUCUAUCAGCAUCACAUAUCUCAAUCGUCUAUUUAGUUUAUUCAAUAAUAGUUAGAAAAUAAACGGCAUGUGCAUAGUAGAAAGUGUGCUGAAAAUUGCUUUGGCGUUUCUAAUGUUUGCCAUAUCGCCAUCAGCUACAAACAGCUCUAUAAGUGCAGGUAGUUCACUGACACCGGUAACAGGAACAGUGACACGGGUUUCGUCCGUUGUCGGCGGCGAUGCGGAUCUUCCCUGCGACUCAAGUCCGCCGCAGUAUAAUGACAGUCUUCUUCUUGUCGUGUGGUACAGAGAUGACAAUCCUGUUUACAGCUACGACACGAGAGUACAAGGGCCUUCUGCACACUGGACCGAUGACGCGUUCGCUGAGCGUGCUCGCUGGCUCGGAAUGCCAAACUCCGCUUUGCAUCUUAGCAAUGUGCAGUCACGCGAUCAAGCAACUUACAGAUGUCGUGUCGACUUUCAGGUUUCUCCAACACGAAACUACAGGAUCGCACUUGACAUUAUUGAACUCCCAGGAAAGCCGGUUAUAUUCGAUGAAUACGGCAAGGAAAUAUACGAUGUAGCGGGACCUUACUUCGAGGGAAGCGAUUUUAAACUAGUUUGCUCCGUAAACGGAGGUAAUCCUAUACCACGAGUGCAAUGGCUUCAGGGCGAGACUGUUCUCACUACAUUAGGUGUAGGUGAAAUUCAGCGCGGGCCGACAUGGUCAUUGACCCUUCUAAUAACAAAUGCAACAAGAACUCAUUACGCAACUGUGUAUACAUGUACUGCUGACAACACUUUGUUGGCUCCGCCUCAACAGUCCUCGAUCAGAGUGGAUCUUUAUUUGCGACCACUAACAGUUGAAAUAAUUUCGAGAGAACAGCCUCUCUCAGCUGGAAGAAAAGCCGAAAUCUGGUGUAAAUCUGCCGGAGCAAGACCGCCGGUCACUAUAACAUGGUGGUUAGGAGGCAACAAAUUACAUUUUGAAACAAAGCAACAGAUUGAGAUGAAAGAUGGAAAUGAGACUCAAUCAUUACUCCAAUGGACUCCAUUGAAAGAGCACAACGGUCAAAUACUCGCAUGCAGAGCGGAACACACAAAGUUCAAUCAGUCAACGAUUGAAAGUCGAUUGAAUCUUAAUAUAUACUAUAUACCAAUCGCCACAAUGCACUUUAGUACAAAAAUCAAUCCGAACGAUAUUGAAGAAGGCGAUGAUGUGUAUUUUGGAUGCGAGGUCGACGCAAACCCGCCCGCCUAUAAAGUAGUCUGGGAACACAACGAUGUUUUAUUGCAAAAUAAUCUAUCCAAUGGCGUUAUACUAAAGGGUUAUACGAACCUCGCAUUACGUAACGUUUCCAGACAUCAAGCGGGGAAAUAUACUUGUACUGCAUCAAACGUGGAGGGCGAUAGAAAGUCGCCUCCUUUACACCUGCAAAUUGUUUAUAAACCAUUGUGUCGAAGAAAUGAGAUUCAAUUGAUAAGCGCCGCAUUACAAGAACCAUCAAUCAUAGAAUGUGAAGUCGAUGGUUUUCCUCCACCGGACACAUUUCAGUGGACAUUUAACAACUCCGCUGGUUCAAUAAAGAUCGAUUCCGACCGAUUCUCAAUAGACGCAAGUGCAGGCAAAUCGGUACUGACAUACCUUCCAGUAUCCGAAAUCGAUUACGGAACUGUAUAUUGCCGUGCAACAAACUUAGCCGGGCAGCAAAUCUCACCAUGCGUAUACACUUUACUACCAGCCACAAAGAACGACCCACCGACUAACUGUACAGUUUAUAAUCAUACGCAUGAUUCACUUGAUCUAAUGUGUUUAGCAGCACAAGAAUCGUGGGAGGUAAACUGGGCAGUGGGAGGAGUAUUGGGAGCGGCAUGCACUGUAGCACUUAUUUUGUGCUUAGCACUCAACGCUACAAGAUUAAGGCACAGGUCGCGUAACUACGAAGUUACAAAGGAAGUAUCGAAAAAUCAAAAGAAUACGCCGCAGAAACGGCAAUCUUCAGAUGAUCGAAAUCCUGAUUUAAUCCCACUUAAUAAAGGAGUAGAUUGUCCACCUGAUCCUCCCCACUACUCAACUGUUGUCAAAAAACAAGAGGCUAAGAAUUCGAACGGUGCUCACAGCUUAGCAAGCACUCAAACAUCAAGUAAUCCAUUAUCACCACUAAGCCAUCAUUCGGAAUGUCAGGUUGACCGAAGUGCUAUCAACGGCACGGCGAGAUUGCACAGAGAGAUUGUGACAACUAGAACACCUUUAUUAGCAGCACAUCAAGAAAGCUGUGUUUAAUCUACUAAUACUAUUUUUUAUUUUGAUUCUUAAGGAACAAGAAUUUAGAAAAAAUAUAAUUUUUCAAACU